CUUGGUGACGGGAGGACGCGCGGCCGCCUCGCACUAGGCUCGCGGCGGCGGCGGCUGCGGCUGAGGCGGCGGCGGCGGCGAGAGAGCUACCGCGGCUCACGCGCAGCACGCGGGCCAUGAUGAGGGACUGUGGCCGUGCGGCCUGCGCACAGCUGGCCGUGCAGCGCCUUCCCAUCUGAUGCUGGAGUUGUCCUGAUGAUCUGCUGACGUCUGUCCCCUUGGCGCUGAGGAAACAGAUGGCAAUGUCCCAGGCGCAGGAUUACGAAUGCAGGAGUCAUAAUGCCGAUGUGCAGGAGUCAAGGAUUUCGGGAUCGAGCACUAGGCUGGAGUGGGUGGAGAUCAUUGAGCCACGCACCCGGGAGCGCAUGUACGCCAACCUGGUCACUGGGGAGUGUGUGUGGGACCCUCCAGCCGGCGUCCGCAUCAAGCGCACCAGCGAGAACCAGUGGUGGGAGCUCUUCGACCCCAAUACGUCGCGCUUCUACUACUACAAUGCCAGCACGCAGCGCACCGUGUGGCACCGGCCGCAGGGCUGCGACAUUAUCCCACUAGCCAAGCUGCAGACCCUGAAGCAGAACACUGAGUCCCCACGCGCUUCUGCUGAGAACAGCCCAGGGCGUGGCAGCAGUGUCAGCCGUGAAGGCAGCACCAGCUCGUCCCUGGAGCCUGAGCCAGACGGAGAGAAGGCACAAGAGCUGCCCGGGAGGGCGGGGCGGCCAGUGGCCUUCCCGAGGGAAGAGAGUGGCAGUUCUUCACCACCAGGAGUGUUCCUUGAGAAGGACUAUGAAAUUUACCGGGAUUACAGUGCAGAUGGCCAGCUUCUUCACUACAGGACCUCCUCGCUCCGGUGGAAUUCAGGCACCAAGGAGCGUGUGCUCAUAAAGGUGGCUGACCGUGAGCCCAGCUUCCUUGCCCCCCAGGGCAAUGGCUACCCCCCAGACAGCCAACCUGGGGGCCGCUCCCGCAGACCUUCUGGCAGCCAGCACUCACCCAACCUGCAGACCUUCUCCCCAGAGGCCGACGGCACCGUCUUCUUCCCAGAAAGGAGGCCAUCCCCCUUCCUAAAGAGGGCCGAGCUCCCGGGGAGCUGUUCCCCACUGCUGGCCCAGCCCCGAAAACCCUCCAGUGACUCUCAGCCCUCCUCCCCACGCUAUGGCUAUGAGCCACCUCUGUAUGAGGAGCCCCCAGUGGAGUACCAGGCUCCCAUCUAUGACGAGCCCCCAAUGGACGUGCAGUAUGAGGCUAGUGGGAGCUUCCAGGCCAGCUCACCCCAGAGGUCACCGGGACGAAAGCCCCGUGCCUUCCUGCCAUCGUCCAAGCAGGCUCCCCCUUCACCCUGCCAGCAGCUAGUGCUCACCAAACAGAAGUGCCCAGAGCGCUUCAUGAGCCUGGAAUACAGCCCCGCGGGCAAGGAGUACGUGCGGCAGCUGGUGUAUGUGGAGCAGGCUGGCUCCAGCCCCAAGCUGCGAGCCGGCCCCCGGCACAAGUACACCCCCAACCCUGGGGGCGGCUCCUACUCCCUGCAGCCCAGCCCCUGCCUGCUAAGGGACCAGCGACUGGGUGUCAAGUCUGGAGACUACAGCACCAUGGAGGGGCCCGAGCUACGGCCUGGCCCAGUGCACACACCACUGCCGCAGGCCCAGGAGGACACCAUGUCCUGGUCUAGUCAGCAGGACACCAUGUCAUCCACUGGUUAUUCUCCAGGCACACGCAAGAGGAAGAGCAGAAAGCCCUCUCUGUGCCAGGCCCCUAACACCCCUGCCACUGAUGGCCCAGGGGACCUACUCCGAGAGCAGCCCCUGGCAGAGGAACGGCCCUCCUGUGGGCCCAGCCUCAUCCCAGUGAAGCGCACAGAGGGCGAGGCGGAUGGGGUGCGGGGCACUGCUGAGCCCUUCCUGGCACAGGCACGGCUGGCCUGGGAGGCACAGCAGGUCCACUUCCACAUGAAGCAGAGGAGCAGCUGGGAUUCCCAGCAGGACGGCUCGGGCUAUGAGAGCGAUGGCGCCUUGCCACUGCCCAUGCCCGGGCCUGUGGUGCGCGCCUUCAGUGAGGACGAGGCCCUAGCCCAACAGGAGAGCCGGCACUGGAAGAGAAGCACCUUCGAGAAGCUCGGCUUUCCCCAGAUCCUACUCGAGAAGAGCAUCUCUGUGCAGACCAAUCUGGCCUCACCGGAGCCUUACCUCCAUCCCUCACAGUCUGAGGACCUCGGUGCCUGUGCCCAGUUUGAGAGCAGCCGGCAGAGCCGCAGUGUGAUGCCCAGCUCCAGCUGCGUCUUCCCCACCUUCACGCUGCGCAAGCCCUCCUCGGAGACAGACAUUGAGAACUGGGCCUCCAAGCACUUCAACAAGCACACCCAAGGCCUCUUCCGGCGGAAGGUGUCCAUUGCCAACAUGCUAGCCUGGAGCAGCGAGUCCAUCAAGAAGCCCAUGAUUGUGACCAGCGACCGGCACGUAAAAAAGGAGGCCUGCGAGCUAUUCAAGCUCAUCCAGAUGUACAUGGGCGACCGGCGGGCCAAGGCGGACCCACUGCACGUGGCCCUGGAGGUCGUCACCAAGGGCUGGAGCGUGCAGGGCCUGCGGGACGAGCUCUACAUCCAGCUGUGCCGGCAGACCACUGAGAAUUUCCGCCUCGAGAGCCUGGCCCGUGGGUGGGAGCUCAUGGCUAUUUGCCUGGCCUUCUUUCCACCCACGCCCAAGUUCCACUCCUACCUGGAGGGCUACAUCUACCGGCACAUGGAUCCUGUCAACGACACCAAAGUGACACAGCACAUAAAAGCGCUCCUGGAAAGAAACACUAAGAAGAAGUCCAAACUGAGAAAGAAACCCAAGCCUUAUGUUGAAGAGCCGGAUGGUAGGGCCUCUCCCUGCAGCCCCUGUGUGCUGCAUCUGCACAGCUCUGCUCUCCAGCCAUGGCCGCCUGGCCUUCUCUUCUCUAACCGCUUCUGGGCUGGGGGUUGGGGCCACUAACCUCAGGCCUGGGGCCUCCUGAGCGAGCUGGAGAGACUUGCCACACCUUGGUGGUGCUCAGAGCAGUUUCCAACUUGCUUGGUGGGUUCUUGGUGUGGCGGGCUGUGAAGACUAGCUGGCCAGGGCCUACUGGAGUUGCCCCACCCCACCAGGUGAGUGAUUGGGCCUGGUCCGGCAUUCAGAAGGCAGCAGGGAACCUCCCCUCUUUGAUGGUGGGCUCCCAGGCCUCCCCCGCCAGAGUCCUCCCUACCCAUGCAGUCAUCUGCCCACCUCCUGGCCCUUCCCUGGGCCCUGGCUCAGGACCACCUUACCUGGUCAGAGCCCUAGGAAAGCACUGUAAACUCAGGAAAUCCAGGGCUGUGCCCUCCCUGCAGGCCAGGUCAGCUCCUCCCUGCACCAGGGCCUCUGGGACUGGCCCACCAAGCCCUGCCUCAAGCUUGCUCAGCUGUCUGGAACCUCUGCUACCUUCUCUCUGCUCCACUCCCUCUAGGAAGCCCUCUCUGACCACAUGUGGCCCAUAGGGCCCCAGUAAAAGGCCAGGGGACUUUCUGUAGAUGAGGCCUGAUUAGGGCAAACUCAGUGGCCAGCAGGAGAGUGCAGGGUUGAGAGAGACCCUCAUGGGCAAUGCCAGGUUGGCAUCUGCAGGGCCGGGGACUUAUCCUGACCCUGUGGCCUCCCAGGCUGCCCUUAGCAGGUCUGUGCCAGGGCCUGCCUCCCCAGCCUCACCCAGCUGCAGGCCAGGGACAGCAUGGUAGGAGCUCUAAGCUCCCACCUGAGCCGGUGACUGGCAGCCUGGAAGCUAGACAGACACUGGCUGGCUGUGAGUCUUGUUGCAACCAGGUGGAGCAGGGAGCAAGCUCCUGUGGACCUGGGAUAGCCAAGCAGGACACUGCAGCCCAAGAUGGCUCAGAAGCAGGACCCAUCUUGGACUCAGCAGGCCCUGGUCACACCCUGCAGCUUUUGAGGCCUAUGACCUGGGCAUUGAGGCCUGGGCCCCAGGCACAGCAGCACAUCCCUAGGAGAGUUACUUCUGUUGGUUCCAUUGUGGGCAGCCGUCCCACCUGUAAUACCGGGCUUGACUGCAGCCAGGUGAAUGGAGGUGAGGACUGAGGUCCAGACAAAGCUAGUUGGGGCAGUGGACUUUAAGCAGAGCACCCCAUAGGGUGAGAGUUUCCAUGGGCUGACCAAGGGCACUGCCCACCCACCACAGGUACUUAGCAGGUCUCCCUUGGUGCUUGGCCCUGUACCCAAGGCAGCACAAGCAGAGGUCAGCCCAGUCUCCUAGACCUUGGUGUAGCCUCCACCUUAGCACUGGUCCCCACCCCCAUCUGCUAAGCACUCACUGAUACCAGGCUCUAGGCCCAGCCCUUCACAGGCACCCACGAAACAGGUCUCCCCAUCCUGUAAGGAGGAAACUGAGACACAGAGAGGUUGUAUCAUGCCCACUUUCACCAGCUGAGAGGUGGUAGACCCAGGAUCUCCCAGACCACAAUAUGCUAUGGGGAUGACCUGAUCCCAAGCAGACUUAGGCUGAAGGCCUGGGUGUUUGUCCCGCCAGGGGCCACCUGGGACAGGAGGUCAGGGCCUGUCUUCCCACAGAGCCUGUAAUCGGGCUUCUCAGCCACUAAGCUGUGGGCCUGGGCUUCUGUCACCUGCUGUCUUCCUGCAAAGCUCACUCCUUCUUCACCUGCUCAGGCUCUGAAUGGUCAGAAGGUAUGGACUGGGUCCUAUUUGUUUAAGCACCACCCAUCCUUGGAGAACAAGGGAUCCUCAGAGCCUACCCAGAAGGGCCCAAUUGGCCUGUGGUAGAAGGUUCCAAAAGUUCCACACACUGCUAUGGUGGCUGAGGCGGGAACCAGGGUCUGUGGGUCGCAGGGACCUGACACAGGUUUUCCAGGACUUAAACGUCUAUGAAAAAAUUUUGUUUCAUUUUGGUUACUCUAAAAUAGAAUCCCCUUAAUAGUUAUAAUGACAUAACUAUUUAUGAUAAUUAGAAAUGAAAAGAUUUUCAUGUGUUUUUGGAAGUGGGGUCCAAGGUCCCCAUGUCCUCAGCUGUCCACAAGAAACUGCUUCCUUUCAAAGAAGACAAAAGUGUUCUGAUUGGAGAGCUCAGAUCCAGAGGCCUCCCUCACCCUGGUAGUUGGCAGAGCCAACGGGGCAGGUGGGGCACCAGAGGAGGAGCAGAUCCCAAGCCCAGAAGCACAGAGUCCUGUCCAUUUGUGGCACCCUUGGCCCGGGCUGGUUUCUCUUGGUGUGUCCUCUCCUGCUUCCCUUCCCAGCCUGGGCCAGGAAGGUGCCAGGUACAUUCCAGACCCACCCUUGGUGGGGGGUCAUCUCCUUCCCCUCCUCUCCUCUCACACCUUGCCCACAGCUGCCCACUCAAGUGAUGCUGCCUCUCCAAAUCCCUCCAGAACUGUCAGCUAGAACCUGUAAUGCCUGGAGCUGAGCUUUAGAAAGCCCCUCCCUUGAGAAAGACUGGGCCCUCCUUCCCUGUUCAAUCUUCAGGAGGGCUGUGGUCCAGUUAGCUCAGUGACCCCUCCUCCCCUGGCAUUGGCCCAAGUUGCUGGGUGUCUCCAGGCUUGCUCAGCAUGUGGAAAUGACCCUUCUCCAUGGGCUCCCACUCAGAGGCCAGAGAAGGCCUGAAGCAGAGAAGAGCUCCCUGGGGUACCCAGGUCCUGCCCUGUUCUGCCUGUGACUCCUUACAGGGAACAAGCCUCCUCCCCAGCCUGUCCCUCCUGUUCCUGGGUGGCCACAGGAAGGCUGGGAGGGCUGAUAGAAGUGGAGAAGUACCCCUUGGGGCUCUGCUCUAAAGGACAUUGGCUGGGAGAACAUGAGGACUCAUGGUGCUGGGCAGGGGGUAGCCGGAGUCUGGCCAGCCCAGACCCCAAGGGUCCUUGAAGGAGCUGCCUCUGCUCACCCCUCUUGGCCCUGCACCCACAAGUCCACACCAGGCCGACCAGCACCCAUUCUUUUCUAGGGGUGGCGAUAAG